GGAUUUGCAAGGAAAGCGUUUCCCGGUUUUCUGCUCUAACGUACGUGAAUCUUGGCCUAGCGCUUUUGUUCGUGAUGUUCCAGCUGUUGACAGAAACACCUUCAGUAAUGACAGCAUUACAAAGAACAGGCAAAGGGUGCUGAAGAUGCUGAAGAUGUCCGAAACUUUGGUCGUCCUAAUGAGCGGCUGAGCAAAAAAAAAUGCAGCUACAGUGUCUUCCGCCUGCAGAGUAGAAAAGGGGACUCAAACUUUCCACUGCAACUGGUGAUUUCCAGGACAAAGGGGUUCGUAGCUGGGCAGAAUGGACCAGCCUGAGAGGCCGAGCUGCUGCUGCCGCACCUUGCCGAGUACACGCUCUGCGGCUUGACAGUACACUUCAGCUGCCUUCUGCUCUGGAUUCAGCUCAGGGAAUCCAUUUGCGCACCACUUAAAGUGGGAUCAUCUCUGUCCGGGCGAGCAUUGGCUUUAUGCACAUUUUUAGAUUCGCUCACAUCUGGUGUUGACAAGCAGGACGUACGAUGCGCAUCAGUUUCUGCCAGGGCCUGCUCACUGGAGCUAUAGCGCUGAACCUUCUCAUUCUCUACUAUGUGUCCCGGGCCCAGCAGCAGAUGAUGGAGAAGCGCCGGGAUUCAGGGAAGGCCUAUCCCAAAAAAGCUGCCCUCCCCAUCUCGGGGCUCGGGGCUGCCGGGGGGCUGGCUGGGGACGGGGCCAUCGGAGCGGGGACAGGAGGAGGCAGCGGCAGCCGCAGCCCUCGGAUCACAGUGGUGGUGCGGGAGUUUGAGGACUUUGAGAACUACGUGGGUGACGUGGCCCGUUCUUUCCUGCAGCAGCGGCCCGAGAUCCCCUUCCUGGCGGUUGCCGACAACCCGCCUUACCCACCCCUGUCGCUGCCCGAAGGAGCCCGACUCCUGGUGCUGGCGCCCAGUCCGGAGCAACCCCCGCAAGCCCACCGGCCCGAGUUUCACGUGCAGACAGAGUACGUUCUGUUGGUGCCGGAUGGAGUGGAGCUGGAGCACGGUCGGCAGCUGGAGCGACUCAUCCGGGAGCUGGAGGGCGAAGGGGGCGGGCCCGUGCGGCUGGUGGCAGCGCCGGUGUUGGCUCGCUCGGCAGCCCAGUGCCUCCACCUCCGGGUCAGCCUGAGGGAGUGGACGGCCACGUACACCACCGCCGCCUCGGGCAGCAGCGGCAGCGUGUGCACCGCCCUGCGUGGGGAUGCGGUGGUGCUGAUCCGAACCGAAGACCUCUUCAACCUGUCCACCCCGCUGGCACGCCCCCUGCUGACAUCCCUCUUCAUCCAGACCUCCCUCCGGGGCUGGAAGGUCAAGCUGCUCGAAGGGCCCUGCUUUGCUGCUAGUCACCGCCCCCUUUUUAGCUCCGCCCACAACCAGUGGAAGACAGAGACCCGGAUACGGGACGCCACCAGUCGCCUCAUGCGUGACUUUGGCAUCAAGCGAGUCCUCCAGCCCGACGGCAAGGAGCAGUGGUUCGGCUGUGGCAAGGAGACACCUCGCUGCUUUGGGACGGUGAAGGAUGACACCCCCGAGUACCUCUACCUGGAGCGCUGGACCCCACCGUGCUGUCUGCGCGCCCUCCGUGAGACAGCCAAGUAUGUCAUCGGCAUCCUCGAGAGUUCAGGGGUGCGCUACUGGCUGGAGGGCGGCUCACUGCUGGGUGCAGCCCGCCACCAGGACAUCAUCCCGUGGGAUUACGACGUGGACCUGGGCAUCUACCUGGAGGACGUGCCCAACUGCGACUACCUGAAGAGCCUGGACACCGGCUCCCUGGUGGACGCCAACGGCUACGUGUGGGAACGCGCGGUGGAGGGCGACUUCUACCGGGUGCAGUACAGCGAGACCAACCACCUGCACGUGGACCUGUGGCCCUUCUACCCCCGAAACGGCGUCAUGACUAAGGAUACGUGGACAGAGCACAAGCAGGACAUGGAGUUCCCCGAGCACUUCCUGCAGCCCCUGGUGCCCAUGCAGUUUGCAGGGAUCACUGCCUACGGACCCAACAAUCACCGCGCCUUCUUGGAGCUCAAAUUUGGCGAGGGUGUCAUCGAGAACCCUCAGUACCCCAACCCGACGAGGAAGAAACUGGACAGAAGUCGACUGUAACUUUUCCCGUGCCAACAGAGUCGAGGGAGCAGGGUGUCGUCAGUAAUUUGUGCCAUACUGUGUGUGUGUGUGUG